CCUUUAACUUCUAGUGUCUCCCAAAUCUUAAAUCCCAUACUGUCCCGAUGUGGCAGUUAAGGUUUCCCGGGGGCACCUGCCUCAAAUUGCUUGAGAACAAAUUAGACUCGUCAUGAGAAUGACAGAGAAGGGGAUCUGGGGUUGGAGAAUCUUUGAUCCAAUGAUGCUGAUGCUCCCCAGGAGAUGUUCGAAGGCCGGGACAUGUCGGGACUGAAGAGAUACGAAGUAGCGCUGGAGGCGGAGGAGGAGAUCUACUGGGGCUGCUUCUACUUUUUCCCCUGGCUGCGUAUGUGGCGGAGGGAUCGGAGCUCGGCUCACCCCCGGGAGCAGAAGUUGGAGCCUCUGCGGGGCCUGAUGAGCUGUCUGUCAAGCGGCCUGGGCCCUGCUCCCCAGCCCUCGCGCCGCGGCCUCCCUCCCCGUACCCCGUCCGCUGCUGCCCAGCCAGCCCAUGCAUUAAAGAUUUAA